GCAGGCAACUCCGGACCCCGAGCGGCAGCUCCAGCCGGCGCCCCUGGAGCCGCUGGGCCGCUCAGACGCUGGGCUAGGGGUUACGGUCGAUGAGGAAGCGGAGAGGGCCCGAGAAGAAGGCUCCGGGGGCGACACGGACACAGUGAAACACAGCUGUCUGUGAACCAGGAAGCAGACCCUCACCGAAUCUGCCAGUUCCUUGAUCUUGUACUUUCCAGCCUCCAGGACUAUGACACACAAUAAUUUUUGGUUGAAGAAGAUAGAAAUCAGUGUUUCAGAAGCAGAAAAGCGAACUGGAAGAAAUGCCAUGAACAUGCAAGAAACAUAUACUGCUUACCUCAUUGAAACAAGGUCAGUUGAACAUACUGAUGGUCAGAGUGUCCUAACAGAUUCACUGUGGCGGCGAUAUAGUGAAUUUGAGUUAUUGAGAAACUACCUUUUAGUUUACUAUCCACAUAUUGUUGUGCCACCUCUGCCAGAAAAACGGGCAGAAUUUGUUUGGCAUAAACUUUCUGCUGACAACAUGGAUCCAGAUUUUGUGGAGAGGCGACGGAUUGGUUUAGAAAACUUUCUCUUGAGGAUUGCUUCACAUCCCAUCCUUUGUAGAGACAAAAUUUUCUACCUAUUUUUAACACAGGAAGGUAACUGGAAGGAGACUGUGAAUGAAACUGGGUUUCAGCUGAAGGCAGACUCCAGGUUAAAAGCGCUUAAUGCAACAUUCAGAGUGAAAAACCCAGACAAGAGAUUUACUGACCUUAAGCACUACAGUGAUGAACUACAGUCUGUCAUCUCACAUCUUCUUCGAGUCAGAGCUAGAGUAGCAGAUCGACUCUAUGGUGUAUAUAAAGUACAUGGGAAUUAUGGACGAGUUUUCAGUGAAUGGAGUGCCAUAGAAAAAGAAAUGGGUGAUGGACUGCAGAGUGCUGGUCAUCAUAUGGAUGUGUAUGCAUCUUCUAUUGAUGAUAUAUUGGAAGAUGAAGAACAUUAUGCAGAUCAGUUGAAAGAGUAUCUCUUUUAUGCAGAAGCAUUGCGGGCUGUGUGCAGGAAACAUGAACUUAUGCAGUAUGACUUGGAAAUAGCUGCUCAGGACUUAGCAUCCAAGAAGCAGCAGUGUGAGGAACUGGCAACUGGGACUGUGAGAACAUUCUCUUUGAAGGGAAUGACUACCAAGCUCUUUGGUCAAGAAACUCCAGAGCAGAGAGAAGCCAGGAUAAAGGUGCUAGAAGAACAAAUAAAUGAAGGAGAACAACAGCUAAAGUCUAAAAAUCUGGAAGGCAGAGAAUUUGUGAAAAAUGCAUGGGCUGAUAUUGAACGCUUCAAAGAACAAAAGAACCGAGACUUAAAGGAGGCCCUCAUAAGCUAUGCAGUUAUGCAGAUCAGCAUGUGCAAAAAGGGAAUUCAAGUUUGGACCAAUGCUAAGGAAUGUUUUAGCAAGAUGUAAUCCUGUGGAAUGAAUUUCUCUCCAGUCAAAGUGCCCCAAAACAGAAGCACAAGUAAAUAAAAGAAUUUAAGUCACUACCUAGUAUACAUAAAUAUAUACAGUAAGUUGAAUAAAUUCAGCUUUCUUUAACUUAAUUGUAGUUGUGUUAAUGUAGCACAAAAAAGAUGUAUUUUAAUGGAGAUUAAAUAUUAUAAUUUGAGGUUUUGGGGACUGGUGCUGAUUCCAAAAAGUUAAUUUAAUAAUAUAUACCAACAGAUUGUUUGUCAGGCUUCUGAACCAAUGACCGAAUGUCAGAAUGUUUGUUAAUUUCUAGAUGUUUGUUUCAAGGCCAACUGUUUCAGAUCUAUUAAUGUAGGGAAUUUUUCCCUAAGAUUGAAUUCCUAUAUUUACUUGGUAAGAUCCACUUAUCUCUCUUGCCUUAUAGCUGAGCUAUUUGGUUUGACAAAGCUCAGCAGAAACUUGAUAUGAAAAAUCUGAGAUUUUCUUUCACAUUCAUUGAUGCCCCCUUGUAACAUUUGCAUACAAUAGAAAAUGCCUUCAAUUUGUGUGUUACCAGAAUUUUGAUACUGGUCAGAAAUUUUAUACUGCCAACAAAGAAGACUCAACUUCUCAGAUAUAUAGUGGAAUACAUUGUCAUCUUCUAGCAAUUGCUAUAUAGACAGUAUAAUUAAAUUCUUUUCAAAUUAUUCUUAACCUCAGUAACGAGCCUAAAUUUACUCUGCUUGGCUCUCUACACAUGGCAUUUCAGGGUACAAGAUGUAGCAUUUCAAUGUGUAAGGUAUAUGUACUAAACGUGUUUUGCUGUCUUCAUCAUUAACAUUCUUCUUUUCUAUUGCUUGGCUGUAAUUUUUGUAAAGAUAAAUUAUAUUGUUUUUUUAUAUGUGUGUUUGUGGUAUAUGUUCAGAAGACAAGCAUCUUCAUUUUGCUAGCUUUGCAGAAUCUUAAAAUGUAUACUUGUUAUUUCUAAUGAAGUAAACAAAAAAAUCCCCAGUCCUGUUUAGCAUUUGACUUUUUUAUAUGUUUUAAAUGUUGCUGGAUUUUUGUGCUGUUCGCCAAACUUAUACAAUAAAUAAAUGAAAUAUU